AUGGAAAGAGGAUGGAAGCCCAAUGUGGAGAUUUGUCCACCAUGUCCUCGUUGUGGUUCAUCCAGUACCAAAUUUUGCUACUACAACAAUUACAGUUUGACUCAACCAAGAUACUUUUGCAAAGGGUGUAGAAGAUAUUGGACUAAAGGUGGCUCACUCAGAAACAUCCCCGUCGGUGGUGGUUGCCGGAAAACUAGACGAGCUAAGUCUAUUCGUAUCUCAGAUAUGGUGAACUCUCAGAGCUUUCAUGCCCAUGGUGGUGAUGGAACAACAGAUUAUGGAGGUCGUGGUGGCAACAUAGAAAACCGUGGCAAUGGUAUAGGUGGUGGAUCGACAAUGGUGCAGCCUACAAAUAUUGAUCUCCAACAAGUUUACACAAAUUUUCUAAAUCAAAGGCCUCAAACUGUUCAUCAUGAACAAACGCAUGAUGAAGUUUUGCAUAGUGAAGUUGAUCCGAUGUUGUCAUUUGGGUUUCCAAACAUCCCGAAUAUGGAGAUGGAGUUUGGUGGGACUAAUUAUGGAUCAAAUCUGGAGAGUUUUUUAAGAGAUGGGAAUGGAAUGCAAUUUUGUGGGUACAAUUCAGUUUUCAGUAAUAAUGAGGAAGAUCAAGAGAAAAACUACUUUGGUGCAAGUGGUAUAAGCAGUUGUGGGUUGCCGCCGUUGCCUGGAGAGGAAAUGGGGUGGUCGGAGUCAAAUAUUGGGUUCUCGGAACAUGUUUUGAACUCAACGAUUGAACCGGAAGGCCAUGUUUCUGGUGAAUGUCCUGUGAAGAUGUUUGAUAUACCGCCGAAUUCUGAUACAAUUUUCAGGCCGUGA